AUGAUUUUUUUUGUUUUGUUUUUUUUUGUUCUGGAAACAGGUUUUGUGAAUGAAGCUAUGGCUACAGAUUCCCCGAGAAGACCCAGUCGUUGUACUGGUGGAGUUGUGGUUCGCCCUCAGGCAGCCACGGAGCAGUCCUACAUGGAAAGUGUUGUGACUUUUCUUCAGGAUGUUGUGCCACAGGCUUACAGUGGAACACCUCUAACAGAAGAAAAGGAGAAAAUAGUCUGGGUCAGAUUUGAAAAUGCAGAUUUAAAUGAUACAUCAAGAAAUCUGGAAUUUCAUGAAAUACACAGUACUGGGAAUGAGCCGCCUUUGCUGAUUAUGAUUGGCUACAGUGAUGGAAUACAGGUCUGGAGCAUCCCUAUCAGUGGGGAAGCACAGGAGCUCUUCUCUGUUCGCAAUGGCCCAAUUCGGGCGGCCAGGAUCUUGCCUGCUCCACAGUUUGGUACUCAAAAGUGUGACAGCUUUGCAGAGAAAAGGCCCCUUCUUGGAGUUUGUAAGAGCACUGGAUCUUCUGGCACUAGCCCACCUUAUUGUUGUGUGGAUUUGUAUUCACUUCGUACUGGGGAAAUGGUCAAGUCCAUUCAGUUUAAAACUCCUAUCUAUGAUCUUCAUUGCAAUAAGCGGAUCCUUGUUGUAGUCUUGCAGGAGAAAAUUGCUGCCUUUGAUAGCUGUACUUUCACAAAAAAGUUUUUUGUAACAAGCUGCUAUCCUUGUCCAGGGCCUAACAUGAAUCCUAUUGCUCUUGGGAGCCGCUGGCUGGCUUAUGCAGAAAACAAGUUGAUUCGAUGUCAUCAGUCCCGUGGUGGAGCCUGUGGGGACAACAUUCAGUCUUAUACUGCCACGGUCAUUAGUGCUGCUAAAACUUUGAAAACCGGCCUGACGAUGGUUGGGAAAGUGGUGACUCAGCUGACAGGCACGCUGCCUUCAGGUGUGACGGAAGAUGAUGUUGCCAUGCACAGUAAUUCGAGGCGGAGUCCUUUGGUCCCAGGCAUCAUCACCGUAAUAGACACGGAAACAGUUGGAGAAGGCCAGGUGCUUCUGAGCGAGGAUUCUGACAGUGACGGCAUCGUGGCCCACUUCCCGGCUCAUGAAAAGCCAGUGUGCUGUAUGGCUUUUAACAUAAGUGGAAUGCUUCUAGUCACAACAGACACCCUUGGCCAUGACUUCCAUGUCUUCCAAAUUCUGACUCAUCCUUGGUCCUCAUCACAAAGUGCUGUCCAUCAUCUAUACACUCUUCACAGGGGAGAAACUGAAGCCAAAGUACAAGACAUCUGCUUCAGCCAUGACUGUCGUUGGGUUGUGGUCAGUACUCUUCGGGGGACGUCCCAUGUUUUUCCAAUCAACCCUUAUGGUGGCCAGCCUUGUGUUCGAACACACAUGUCGCCACGAGUCGUGAAUCGUAUGAGCCGUUUCCAGAAAAGUGCUGGGCUGGAAGAGAUUGAACAAGAACUGACUUCUAAGCAAGGAGGUCGCUGUAGCCCUGUUCCAGGUCUCUCAAGCAGCCCUUCUGGAUCACCUCUGCAUGGGAAACUAAACAGCCAAGACUCCUACAAUAAUUUUGCCAACAACAACCCUGGCAACCCUCGGCUCUCUCCUCUCCCCAGCUUGAUGGUCUUGACGCCUCUUGCACAAAUCAAACAGCCAAUGACGUUGGGGACCAUCACCAAACGAACAGGCAAAGUUAAACCACCUCCACAAAUUUCACCCAGCAAGUCGGUGGGCGGAGAAUUUUGCGUGGCUGCAGUGUUUGGGACGUCCAGGUCGUGGUUUGCAAAUAACGCUGGUCUGAAAAGAGAAAAAGAUCAGUCCAAACAAGUUGUAGUUGAAUCUCUCUACAUCAUCAGCUGCUACGGGACCUUAGUGGAGCACAUGAUGGAGCCACGGCCACUCAGCACUGCCCCCAAGAUAAGCGAUGACACCCCGCUGGAGAUGAUGACAUCACCUCGAGCCAGCUGGACUCUGGUUAGAACUCCUCAAUGGAAUGAAUUGCAGCCGCCAUUUAAUGCAAACCACCCUCUGCUCCUGGCUGCAGAUGCUGUACAGUAUUAUCAGUUCCUGCUUGCUGGCCUGGUUCCCCCUGGAAGUCCUGGGCCCAUUACUCGGCACGGGUCCUAUGACAGUUUAGGUUCCGACCACAGUGGACAGGAAGAUGAAGAAUGGCUUUCUCAGGUAGAGAUUGUGACACACACUGGACCCCACCGGCGUCUGUGGAUGGGCCCACAGUUCCAGUUCAAAACCAUCCACCCCUCAGGGCAGACCACAGUCAUAUCGUCCAGCUCGUCAGUGUUGCAGCCUCAUGGCCCAAGUGAUACUCCACAGCCCCUUUUGGAUUUUGAUACGGAUGAUCUUGAUCUCAACAGUCUCAGGAUUCAGCCGGUCCGCUCUGAUCCAGUCAGCAUGCCAGGGUCAUCCCGUCCAGUCUCAGAUCGAAGAGGAAUUUCCACCGUGAUUGAUGCUGCCUCAGGUACCUUCGACCGGAGCGUGACGCUGCUGGAGGUGUGCGGGAGCUGGCCCGAGGGCUUCGGGCUGCGGCACACGUCCUCCCUGGAGCACACGGAGGAGGGCCUGCGGGAGCGGCUCGCCGACGCCAUGGCCGAGUCGCCCAGCCGGGACGUGGUGGGAUCCGGAACAGACACAGCCCUUGACGUAGCAGUAAAAUCCACCACCCCUGAGAGGCACGUGGCUGUGAAGUGUGUUGAACUUCAGCGCGAGGGAAGCAUCGAGACUCUGAGUAACAGCUCGGGAUCUACCAGCGGCAGCAUCCCGAGGACCUUCGACGGCUACCGGUCUCCGCUGCCCACCAACGAGAGCCAGCCCCUCAGCCUCUUCCCUACCAGCUUCUCCUAG